AUGCUAGAAGCGCUGUGCGAUCACCUGCUUGAAAAGCCUGGCCUGUACCUUGAUGAGAUGGGUAUCUUUCUAUGGGAUGAAUUCCAGAUGCUUGCAACAGCCUCCAGCAUUAGGAGGGCCCUCGUGUGCAAAGGCUGGUCCAGAAAGACCACUCAACAGAAGGCCAAAGAGCAGAACGCUGAGUUGCGAAGGUUAUAUCUUCACAAGAUAGUGCUCGAGGCCAUGUUUUGCACGCAGGCCUGA